AGCAGCUGCUGCCCGCCGUUGGCUUUGUACCGGCUGCGUUGGGUCGUCCUUCCUGGCCCGGAGAAUGUCUGCAAAAUUCAGAGAGUCAUCAGUGCUCCCUCCACAAACAUCAGAAGAGCCUGAUGGGAUUCUGGUGGUGAAAAUGGAAGAGGAAGAGCGGACCUGUGAUCCGGACUCUAGUCUUCUCUGUGGCCGCGGCUACAGCCCAGAUACCUUCCGCCAGCAGUUCAGGCAGUUCGGCUACCAGGAUUCACCUGGCCCCCGGGAGGCUCUGAGCAGGCUCCGGGAGCUUUGCUGUCAGUGGCUGAGGCCAGAGGUGCACACCAAGGAGCAGAUCCUGGAGCUGCUGGUGCUGGAGCAGUUCCUGGCCAUCCUGCCUGAGGAGCUGCAGGCCUGGGUGCAAGAGCAUCAGCCAGCCAAUGGAGAGGAGGUCGUGACUGUGCUGGAGGAUGUGGAGAGAGAGUUUGACAGGCAGGCUGACCAGGUCUUCCUUGUUGGACAAAGGACGGACUUGAUUGCCGAGAAGCUAGUGCCUUGGGAAAUCCCUCAGGAGUUACCAAGUAGCAAGCUCAAGCCUGUGAAGCAGCAGCUGCAGUGGGCAUCCGGGGAACUGCAUUCCUUAAGACAAAAUGAUGAAGACACCAAAACUAUAAAUGUGAAAACGGCUUCCAGGCAAAAGACUCCUUCAGGCAUAGAACUGUACUGUGAUGUUUCUAACGCCCUUCAUGUGAAUGCCUCCAAGAGUUUUACAUGUGGAGAAACCUGUGAACAAAAUGGCAGAUUUGAAAGAAGACAAGGAAACCCCUCUCGAAAAAAGCAACACAAGUGUGAUGAAUGUGGGAAAGUCUUCAGUCAGAGCUCAGCCCUUAUUUUACAUCAGAGAAUCCACAGUGGAGAGAAGCCUUAUGCAUGUGAUGAGUGUGAAAAAGCUUUCAGCCGAAGUGCAAUUCUGAUUCAGCAUCGGAGAACUCACACUGGGGAAAAACCCUUCAAGUGUCAUGAAUGUGGCAAAGCCUUCAGUCAGAGCUCAAAUCUUUUCAGACACAGGAAACGACACACUAGAGAAAAAGUCUCAUCAAUAUCAUGAGGGAAUCAAAGCAUUUACUUUGAGUUUUCUCAGAAUUAGAGAAGACAGAAGGCACUAGCAAUCCUUGGGUUUUAGUGGACACCUGUUUCCUUUCAAGAGCUAUAAAAGCUAGAGGAGAAAAUGUAGACUAGUGCUUGUCAGCAUUAUUUGCUGUUCUGCUUAUCAGUGCAGUGUCAAUUCAUGUGAAAGCUUAAUGCAGAUUUCUAUCCAUAAGCAUCCCUGACAUUCUCAGACAUAUUCUACUCUUUCCAUCGUUAACACAAAUAAAGAACUAGUAUAUUCCUUUUUAGACAAGUAUGUUUUUCCCUAGUGAAAAGAAAUAUGUGUUAGUAUAAAAACAGAUAACUCCCAUUUUAUAACUUGAGCACUAGAAUUAUAAAAACUAAGCAUUUAAGUACUUUUAAAAAAUUCCCAUUUGGCUCAUUACCAGAUUCAAAAUAUGAAGAGUGGGAUGAGGAGUCCAAAAGAAUGUGUAUCUCAGGACCAAGGCUGAAUGUCCAGAGUCAUUGUUAGGAAGCUGUUGAAUAAGGGACUUUCAUGAAAGCUCACAAGAAGCCUACGGACUGCUCAUGACACUAAGUAAUUUCCUAUGUUGGAAAAAAUCUUUACAAUGUAGUUUAGAAAUAAUAGAAACAUUAAGGAUUUUCUACAUGUAUUUAAGAAGGGACCUACACAUAAGGAAUGUUUUCAUAAUAAACAGAGCUAUUCUGGAGGCAUUUGUGUAAAGUUG